UCGUUUGGCGCCAGCGUUUUCGCGGGGUUGGAGGAGCUGAGGGAAACUUAGCUGUGGUGACAGUUAGUUUACAGUGCGUUUCGCAGUAAAAACGCUCUCCUGGCUGGAUUCAGCUCGCCCCGCUCGUCCAUGUUCCCGCUGUGUGUGGUGGGCCGUGUUCCUGUGUUGAGUGUGAGGGUGUGAGGAUGAUGGCCACGGUACCUCUGUCAAGCUCCAGCCUUCUUCCUCUCCUGGAGUCUUUAGAAGAUGAUGCAGCCGGAGCGUCAGAGCAGACUGAUGCUUACCUUACUAUUGCCAAUCGACUCAGUGGAGAAGAUGGGCGACAAUUCUUUCCUAUAAUUGUUAAGCACUUUUCACGUCUGGGCAAAUCUCUUCAAACUCACAUAUCCAGUGAGAAUGAAGAGCUAAGUCAGGCUGCUCUUCAAGCUUUGGGCUUUUGUGUAUUCAACACAAACAUUGUCUCAGGCAUCCCAGCUCAUUUUGCUGAGGAAAUACUUUUAGCCCUUUGUGCGCUAGUAUUAAAAUCCACAGACAAGAACACAUGCACCCGAGCAUUAUGGGUUAUCUCAAAGCAGAACUUUCCUGCAGAGGUGGUGUCCAAGAAGACACCAGAAAUCCUCAAGACUCUAGAUGCCAUGCAGACAAGAGACAUACAGUCAAUUCUGAUGGAGCAUGAGUCACUUAAUGUUGUUAUAAAGCUUCUGGAUCAGGCACCCACUCAGAUGGGUCAAGGAGCAGUGUUCUGGGCUAAGCUGGUCAUUCCUCUGGUGGUCCACUCUGCCUCGAAAGUGCGCCUGCGUGCAGCUGCAGCCUUAGAGAUGGGAUUGCCCCUUCUUCUGGAGAAACAGCAGGAGGUGGCUGCCAUUGUAGAGCCAAUGAUGUCAACGAAACUCAUCCCAGAAAUGCAGAAACUCUUCUCCACAAAGAAUGAAAGUAAUGUUCUGAAGCUCUGGCCUUUAUUUGUUAAACUUUUGGGCAAGUUGCUUCACAAAGGAGGUGCCUUCAUAAACUCGCUGCUGUAUUUGGAGGAGCUGGGUUUCCGCAGCUCUUCUCCCAACAUUAAGAAAAUUGCUUUCCUUGCCUGGAAGAGCCUUAUUGACAACUUUGCUCUUAAUCCUGAAAUCCUUUGUAGCAGCAAACGACUGAAGCUGCUCAUGCAGCCCCUCAGCUCCAUUCUUGUGAGGACUGAAGCCCUGUUACUCACCAAGUUAGAGGUCUGGUGGUAUCUGGUAGUUAAACUGGGGCCCAACUUAGCUACUAAUUUUGAGCAGGUUGCUCUACCACUGCUACAGAAUACACUUUCUCCAGAUGGGUCACUGCAGGGCCCAGCCACUCCUGCUAGAAACAGUAGCCAGAGCAAUGGUGUUGGGCUGAGCACCCCUAAAUCAAGUGUUCCUUCAUGUAGCACUCCAGGUGCUAAUCCUCGAUUGAGCCUGAACAGCAGCACAAUGAGCCUCAACAGCAGCACAAAUGUCCAACAGUCCUACACCUCCAUCCAGCUGCUGGGACUUGAAAUGCUCCUGCACUACUUUCUAGGCUCUCAGGCCACUUCUGCUGCUGCAAAAAACAAGCUGCAACUUAAUCUUGAACCUCUGACCCACAACCUGCUGAGCAGCCAGUCUUUCUUCAGCAAGCACUCUUCUACUUUUAUCUCUUCUGUUAAGAAUGCCUUCAUGGCUGUGGGCAAGGAUGCUCCAGAACCACUGCUUAGUCUGAUUUGGAAUAGCCUUGUUAACCUAGUCAGUACAACUAUAGAGACCGCUGGUAAUAAAAAGGAAAGACAGGGUUCUGAAGUACUUACUCACCUGCUGCAAGCACUGCAGUCCAUCCUGUCUUCUGAGGCCCUGCCAGCUCCACGUGCUCUGGCUUUGUUGGAAGCCACAGUGAAGGGCAUACCUCAGAAAGUACUUGGCUCAGCUGCAUAUCAAGUUGCCAACAUGGAUGUCCUAAAUGGUACACCAGCACUUUUUCUAAUACUGCUCUUCUACAACAGCAACAUGCUCUCAUCAUUCUUGGCUGAUGAGAAGUUUUUCCUGUGCCUUGAGACACUGGUCAGUUGUGGUCUCAGUGGACCUACUUCACCCUUAGCUUUUGUAGAGGCAGUUUUAGGCACAAUCAGUCGCAAUGUAGAAGCUGUGGAAAACAAAGAGCAUUUAUGGCGAAUGUGGAGUGUGGUUGUGAAUCCUCUGACUGAUACCAUUACACAGACAAACGAGGUAAACCAGGGAGAUGCUCUUGAGCAUAACUUCAGUGCAAUUCACAGCGCCUUGAUGUUCCCCAUUACUCACCUUUUGCCCGGAUCUGCUCUUCCACAGAUGACACAGAAGUCUAUGCUGAGCACAUGGUCCAGACUUUACAAGGCAUUUGCUCGCUGUUCGGCUCUGGUGGCCACAGCAGAGGAGAAUGUGUGCUGUGAAGAAUUAUGCACCAAGAUUUCUGCUACUCUAGAUGGUCAAGCCCUCAAGACUUUGUCCACACUUGAUGCAGUGGCGAAUAUCUUGCACUCGAUUGUUGACAGUGUGGAUUUUUCUCCGUUCACUCCACAAUUUCAGCAGAAGAUGAAAUCACCACACACUCCACUAGGUUGGGUCCGGAAGAGGAACAAUGCUUUAGGGAAUCUCUCAAAAUUCCAUGUCCUGUUGGUGCAGUCUUUGGAUGCUUUACAGCAUUUGAACUCCUCAAAUGAUGGUGGUGCAGUUUUAAGCAGCAUCGGCAGCAUGCUCAUCUCCGUUGUCUCUACGCUUUUUACAAGCCUUGCUCUGCCCACGGUUAUUCACGAGUCUCUGUCUUCACUUACCAAAGCUCUUGCACUACUAUAUGAACAAGUAGAAAGCUCAGACGACGAACAGUCAAAGUCGCACUCUGUGCUAGGAUCCAAGUUGGAGAAGUUGGCAGGGGAAAUGCUUGGCUGCCUCCAGACACGUUCUGCACUUCUGUAUGAUGAUGAUCUACUGGCAGUGCUUUCUCCUCUGCUUUGUGUCCUUUUUCCACAUAAAAACAAGCAAAUUCGUUUAUCUGUCACUCAGUUCUGGAAUGCCACUUUUGGAAAUGCACUUACUCUGACGUACCCUGAGAUGCUCACGCCUGUUUUAAGCCAAGCUAAGCAGAAGGCUCCUUUAAUUUUACCUGGAUUUGAAGCAGUUGGAAACUCAGAAGAUUUCAGUGGAGAGAUUUCAAGCGAGUGUUCUCAACUUGACACUAAAAUCAGUGGGAUCAAGGUGACACCAGCAGCAAAGAGGGAAUCCUUGUUAGCUAAAGCAGGAGAAAUAAAGGAAAGGAGCUCUACCACAUCCAAGCCUGUAUCUGUAAAGCUAGAUUUUGGAUCUCCCAAGCCUCCACGAAGAGAAGUUCUUGAGGAAGAGGCAUCUGUCGAUUUUGUUUUUAUUCCACCUGAGUCAAAGAAGAGGGUUUUAACUGAACACCAGAAAGAAGUCAAAAGGACAAAAAGGGAUGACAUCCCCGCCAUGUACAAUAACCUGGAUGCUUCUUUGGAUACUACAGUCUUCACCCAGUACACUCAGAGUCAAGAGGAAUCCUUGGAUAAAUUGCCAGCGGAUGAAUCUCAAGAUAAAGUAAAUAAGGUUGAAACCAAGGGUUCAGACACUGAGGAAUCAUCUGUGAGCGACUCUAAAGAAGCAGAAAAUAAUGUUUGCCCAGAGAAUGAUUCACCAGAGAAAGUAACAAACAAUGCUGAUGGAGACACUGAGAUGCAGUCGCCUCCUGGAGACCUCCCAGUGUCAGAUGCUGGUGAGCAUGAGGACACCACUGCAAAGGACCACAGCCCGAAUGUGUCUGGUUCAUCUGACAUGAUCUCUGGUACUCCUCCAAAAUCCAGCAGCCGUCGUCAGUCCUUCAUCACUUUGGAGAAAUAUGUAGAACCCAGGCCAGCCAGUCCAAUGAGUGUUACUAAAUUUACUGGCCCACUUACAAGGACUUCUCACAGUCAGGAAACUCCAAAGUCAGAACAUUUGUCUCCAAAGGCCUCUUCCCAUUCACAGCUGGAAGCUGGUACAGGAGCUGGGGAUUCUGCGCCUCAGACUGAGAAAGAAAAUGUAGAGAUGGAGACUGAGAUGACAUCUGUGGCUAAUCAUUCUAAUGAAGGCACAGGAGAUGAGGAGGAUGUGAUCCCAGACACUCAGACUCAGGUUCUGAAUGGAGCAGUUGAUGAUGAAGCAGAUAAUUCUUUGGAUAAAUCCCAGGUAGAGAUGGAAAUAGAAGCUUCACCUGAGGGGCCUUCAGAAGGUCAUUCUCCUGUAUCAAAUUCAAGCCAGGCUGAGCCACGGAGGUCAGGCAGGCGUAGAAGUAAGCCGGUUAGACCAGGUGAAGAGGAAUUAAAAAGUAAACAGCAGAAAAAGGAUUUUGUUGAUAGUUCUGCUUUGCCUGUGACUGAAAAACCUGCACCUACCAAGCAAGACGAAAAUGUUUUGCCUGGCAGAAGUAGAAGAGGUAAAGUUCUUGAAGAGAACAAGGGUGAACUUGAGAAUCAUAGCCAAAAUGACUCCCAAAUAGCUAUGGCUACAACUGUAAGCUCGCCACAAGUAAGAAGUAGAAGUAAGAGUAAAGAGCACAGCCAGACUGAACAUUCCACUGAUAAGCAGUCUCCAUUAAGUCAAUCGGAGAGUCAGUCACAGGGUAGGCCUUCUAGGCGAACAAGACUGUCUGUUAUCAGCUCUGAAGUUUCAGAUAAAUCACAGAGCGGCGAGGGUUCCCAAACUGAUUCUCAAACUGGUGUAUCUGUCUCAAAGAACAAACUUGACACACCUGUACCAAACAUAGCUGAUGGUCAGUCACCUGGUAGGCCAAAAAGAACAAGGAGGGCAGAAGCUGCUGAUGCGCAAAGCAAAGAAAAGCAUGCAAAUGAAAAUGAACCAGUCAGUGACUUAAGUCAGUCUGGUUCUCAGACUUUGGCGCCUGCAAGAGGCAGACCAGGGAGACGGAAGAAGGCUGAGGAAGAUGCGGCCUCCAGCAAAGACGCUGCUCAAUCCCAGUCAGUUAAUUCUGAAUCUUCACAGACUGAGGAAACGAAAGACUCUCAAGAUUCUUCUCAAGGACGUAACAAAUACAACACUCGUCGCUCAUCUCAAGGUUUGUUGCAGCCUGUUGAGAACUCUGAGUCUGGUACUUCAGAGACCAAAGAAGGCCAGAGAACUAAAAAGGCUAGAGGCCACAGAUCAUUGGCUUCUGAAGUGGUGCCAGACACAACAGCGCAUAAUAAAGUUUCAGAGAAAAUGUUGGACAAGGAGAAUGCAGAUCCUGUUGAAAUGACUGAGAAACCAGUAGAGCCAGAGGCCUGCUUAGGUGUGAGCAUACUUUCUAAGACCAGUUCAGACGAGAAAGAGGAGAAGGUUUCUGUAACUGAAGAUCCAGAAAGUUCAGGUCCUGUUUCUGAUGUUUCUAGUGAAAAACAGGAGGAGAAUGUACAAUGUGAUUCUCAAACUGAUCCUUCUGUUCUGAAGAGCAAACCUGUUGUAUCAGAUGAGGCUAGCCAGUCACCUAAUGCAGAAUCAGCUAAAAGUGAGCAGAAACAUGAAGAAUCUAAGAUGGAAGUAGAUUCUGAGAAGGUAGAGGAGAGUGCUGCAAUGGAAGAGAAGGCUAUGGAGGGACAAACGUUGGCAUCUUCACAGAACAACCUAGUUCUUCCUGAAAAGGUAGUUUUAAAGACUCCAGAUCUGCACAGAUGCCCACAUACUAAGAGAGGUCGUGGUCGGAGACGUUCUGCAAACUGUAACUGUUUCCUGGCUCGUAGCGCUGCCCUCUCUCAAGAAAAUGUUACCAGUGAUUCUCAAGCUUCUCAAGACCUAAACAAUGAACUCUCUCAGCAAUCUAACACUUUGCAAUCUGAGUUAAGUGAUGCCAAGCCUGACUUAAUAGAAAAGGAAGGUGAUGUGGCAGUUGUAGACAACUGUCCAGUGGUUGCUGGUGAUCAAUCUUCACCUGCUUUAACUAACACAACUGAUGGAGGACUUCCCACUGAAACCCCAGUAGAAGAACCUGAUGUAAUUAAUAUCCAGGAGUCUGGUGUGAAAGAAGAUACAAACCAGGUAGUAGAGGAAGACCAAAAUGGAAAUGCAGAUGAAGGAGCUGGUGAUGCAGAGAAAAAGAUUCAAGAAAAGGAAAAUGACAGCUGCCCCACUGGGAACACCAUUAGUCAUGAGCAGUCUCUACGUUUAAGCCCUCAAGGUGCCUCUGAGAACCACGGUGAACCUGUGGAGGAUGGCGCACUAUGCCAAGACCAGUCAGAAUUACCUGUCCAGCAGAUUGCAGUUGACUGUGACAGUGAAGAAAAGCCUGAAUUGCCAAUGAAGGACGAUGAGCAGGAAAUCGGUGAGGAUGGUAUUACUCCUCACUUAGAAGAGGAUGCCGAAGAUGCGCAGAUAGACCAAGAAGACCAAGAAGUCGAACCAAAGGCUGAUCUGAGUGAGGUCCCUCUGCCUCCUCAGACUGCCUCCGCUGCUGAAACAUGCCUAGACUCCCCACCCAAGCACAAGUACUCUGAAGCUCUUUGUGGAGAAGUAGCACAGAGUCCCAGUGGUAGUGUAACUCGAGGCGUAUGGUCCCCAACAGCUUCCCCAUCCACCAGCAUUCUUAAGAAAGGACAGAAGAGGCAAUUUGAAGAUGAUACUCCAUCUCCACUUUUAAAGUCUCGCAGAGUGUCCUUUGCAAACCCAAUUUACCAGCAGGAACUGGCUGAUGACAUUGACCGUCGUAGUCCAGUAAUAAGGACCAGUUCCCCAAGAUCCAAAUCUAUCGGACAACCCAAGUACAUCACCACUCCAACCAAAGGUCUUUUGACGCUCAGUCCCCGCAAUCUUCGCAGUCCAGGUUAUAAGAGUUCCAAAAAAUGCCUAAUCUCUGAAAUGAGUCAGGAGCCUCGGCCAAUUCCAAAGGACUGCGUUUAUCCAGCUCUGGUCUGUUGCUCUACUCCUGUAGAGGCUGUUCUUCCACAGAUUUCCUCCAACAUGUGGCCACGAGGUCUUGGUCAGCUUGUUCGAGCCAGGAACAUCAAGACCGUUGGGGAUUUAAGUGCUCUUACCCCCAGUGAAAUCAAGCUGCUCCCUGUUCGCUCACCAAAGCUCUCAAAUGUGAAGAAAGCACUUAAAACCUAUCAUGAACAACAGCGAAAAGGACGACCUGAUGACCUGAAGAGCUUUGAUGAAAUGGAGAAAAUGACCUCUGAACCUGAAGAGGUAGAUGCUGCUCCAAAUCAAGAGGAGGAGCACGUUUCAACAAAUGCACAAGAUGUUCUCACAUCAGAGAUGACACCAGUAUCCGAGCAGAAGGAAGAAGCACCAGUAUCUGUGGAGUUGUUGUCAGAUGUUGCUGCUUUGGGUGCUCGACUAACCCCGGAGGAGCUCAGUCGCUGUACGCCGAGGGAACUGGGUGCGAUGCACGAACAGCUGAGUGGAAUGAUGAGAAAUAUUGUGGAUCAUCUUCAGUCCCGUUUAGUCAGCAAACUUGAGGACAGUUUACUCUGAUGGCAACCGGAUCUUAACCCUGAAUCUUCUGAAAGGAUCAUCUAUUCUUCAUUGUCAGGUUAUUAGCAGUGGACUACUUGGAUUUUAAUCAUAAUUUUAUCCCUUUUUCUUUUUUUGAUUUUUUUUUGUUUCCUUCCUGUAGAUGGAUAGCAGGACUUUCUCAGAACAGCUUGUUCUAUUUUUAAUGUCCACAUAAUGGCAUCAUAUGAAGUGGUGACUUCACUUCUGUUUUUAUAGGACUUAAAUGCAGACCAGGAUGCAGAUGGCACUUUUUUAAAUAUUCCAGUACUCUUUAAAUAAAUAAAUAAAUAAAUGAAGACAAAAUACUUUUAACUGAAUGUACAUCACUAUGGAGCGAAAAAAAAAAAAAAAAAAAAAGCAUUUGUCCUUUUCGUUAACAUUAACGAGAGCUGUGGAAACACUUGUGCUUCGAAUGUGGUGAAAAACUGAUUACCAAACACAUUGAAAGAUUUCCUUCUGCUCAGUUUAUGGUGUAGAAUUCUUUGGAUGCCUUUACUUUAUUUAGCAAACUCAUUCUGGAUACAAUUCCAAGUUCAAGUCUGGUGAGUUAAUGUUCAGUCAUAAAGUCAUAUGUUAAACAGACUCUUCCCUUACAUUGUAUAAAACCAACAUUUACAGACUAGUGAAUAACUGUACAUAAACUAAGGUGAGAAGGUAGCGCAUGCAUGCAGUGAAGGGAAAUGUGAAUAUUUAGUUCUGCAUCUCUAUGCUGUUGCAACACACUUCUGUAGGCUAUGGUGUGUUUCACGUUUGUUACUUUUUUUUGUUUGUUUUUUAAAUAAAGACUCAAAUAAAUAGA